UUAAAAGAGACUUUCACUGGGAGGAGAACUAUUGGAGAAUUUCACCCAAGCCAAGCCCUCCCCUGCCCAACAGCUUUUCAGGACCAGACAUUCUCUCGAAUUGUUCAGGCCGACCACCAUCUCAAAAGCAGGUUCUAUCCCCUUGGCCGUGAGGCUGGGAACAGCCGGUUCCAUAUUCACCACGGUGCCUUCCAUAUUGCGCCUCUCCUUUCCCUUCGCUUCCUCCACCCCUCUUUGGUCCACCGCAGCAAGUUCUGCAUUUUUAAAGAAUCCUGUGCUUGCCUGCACCCUGACCUUUAUCUCUACCCGUCAGUACAGUAAGAGAAGGACAAUGGCGCCCAAGAAGCCAGUUCAAGAAGAGAAGAUCCUCCUGGGCAGGCCCGGUAACAACUUGAAGAGCGGUAUAGUUGGUCUUGCGAACGUGGGCAAAUCAACUCUCUUCCAGGCCAUCACAAAAUGCAACCUGGGUAAUCCCGCUAAUUUCCCCUACGCCACCAUCGACCCAGAGGAGGCUCGAGUCAUCGUUCCUGAUGAUCGGUUUGACUGGCUUUGCCAGAAGUACAACCCCAAGUCCCGUGUUCCUGCCAACCUAACGGUCUAUGACAUCGCCGGUCUGACCCGGGGAGCCUCAACCGGAGCCGGUCUCGGCAAUGCCUUCUUGUCUCACAUCCGUGCCGUAGAUGCCAUCUUCCAGGUGGUCCGGUGCUUUGAUGAUGCUGAGAUCAUCCACGUUGAGGGUGACGUUAACCCUACACGGGAUCUCGAUAUCAUCAGCGAGGAGCUGCGUCUUAAAGAUAUCGAGUUCGUCGAGAAGGCCCUCGAGAACCAGAAGAAGAAGACACGGCAGGGAGGGCAGAGCCUUGAACAGAAGAAGGCAAGAGAAGAGGAAGCAACUAUCGAAAAGAUUCUCGCCUGGCUCAAUGACGGAAAAGAUAUUCGCAAGGGCCAAUGGACUCCAAAAGAGGUCGAGGUACUCAACCCUCUAUUCCUCCUGACAGCCAAGCCAGUGGUAUAUCUGGUCAACCUGUCCGAAAAAGAUUAUAUCCGGCGAAAGAACAAGCAUCUCGGCAAGAUCGCUGAGUGGAUCAAGGAGCAUGCGGCGGGAGACCCCAUCCUCCCUAUCUCUGUCUGUUUCGAGGAGCGUUUAACCCGCUUCGAAACGGAAGAGGAAGCUCAGGAGGAGUGUAAAAAACUUGGCGUUGAAUCGGCUCUCCCCAAGAUCGUCAUCAAUAUGCGGAAGGUCAUGAACCUCGGAAGUUUCUUUACUGUUGGCGCCGACGAGGUCCGACAAUGGACUAUCCGUAACGGAACAAAGGCACCGCAGGCGGCUGGAGUUAUCCAUACCGACUUCGAAAAGACUUUCAUCCAGGCUAUUGUCUACAACUUCACGGUCAUCAAAGAGCUUGGCGACGAAGCCGAGGUGAAGGCCAAAGGAAAGAUGAUGACAAAGGGCAAGGACUACGUCGUGGAGGACGGGGAUAUACUACUCAUCAAAGCAGGGGCCGCAAAGGCUUAACUUUGAAGAGAUAGCUGUUAAAUUACUUUGGACUGCCCUCAUGAUGGGUAGAUUGCGUAGCUUCAUAGGUAGCUACCUAAGCUAGGCGAAUGAUGACGACACAAAAAGCUGAACCCAC